AGUUGAAUAAGCGUUCUCCAGAAAUAUAUAGAACGCCUUUGAUAGAAAACUGUGAUAUAAGUUAAAUCAAAUGGAACGCCUUUUUUAUUGAACCGUUUUAUUUGAUUUUACUAUAGAAAAAUAAAAUAAAAUAUUAAAUUAGACUUUAUAUUAUAGGAUGGUGUUAUGAGAUGAGCGUUCUAUUUGGUUUUAGUAAUAAAAAAACACAGUGGGCGCCCAGAUUCCUGCGAGGCCAAAUAUUUAGUUUUGGUAAAAAAUUAACUCUAACUAAAAUAAAGCUUAUGGCAUUUUACCAAAAGGAAAAAAAAAGGCUAAAAUAAUAAAAAAAAAAAAUAAAAAAAAAAAGUAAAAACCCUCAGACAUUGAAACUCCAAAACUUCCUCUCCACCUCCACGACUCCACCUCCAUAACUGCAAUUCUUCUCCACCGUAUAUCCACCGGCUUCCGCUUCUCCGAUCCUUUCCAAUUCAUCAAUAGGCGCUUCUCAUCUCAGAAACAUAGAAGCCAGUGUUUUGAAAUGGAUAAAAGUUGGAUUACAACCAAAAAACUCGGAGACCCAGAAUAUGAUACCGGGGUUGUCGAAUUUAUUAAAUUUGCAGUUACGAAUAGUGAAGGUCGUGAUGUUAUUCCGUGUCCUUGCCAUAUCUGCCAUAAUCUUAGUUAUCACAAGGUUGAUGUAAUACUUGCUCAUUUGAGUAAAUGGGAAUUUGAUCGAACAUAUACUUGUUGGUAUCGCCAUGGAGAAAGUAGAGUAGGAACUUCAUCAAUGGGUGAAAAAAUGGAUAAUUCUAAUGUUCAUGGUGAAUAUGAGGGUGAUAACUUAGAUGACAUGAUAGAUGAAUUUGAGGAAAGGGUUGAGAAUGAUCCUGAUGUGACCAUUGAGGAUUUGAUAAGUGAUUCCGAGAAGCCCUUAUAUGGAGGUUGUGACAAGUACACAAGAUUGUCUGGUGUACUUAAGUUGUACAAUAUAAAGACGGGUCUUGGCUGGACAGAUUCGAUUUUUAAUGCAUUACUUGAGUUUUUGAUUGACAUGCUUCCUCCUGAUAAUGUUUUACCGAGUUCUACAUAUGAGGCAAAAAAAAUAUUGUGUACAAUGGGCUUGCGUUAUGAUAGAAUUCAUGCUUGUCCUAAUGAUUGCAUACUGUACCGAAAAGAAUAUGAAUCUCUUAAGAGUUGCCCUCAAUGCAAUGUCUCAAGAUACAAAAUAACAAAAGGAGUUCCAGCUAAGGUGUUACUGUACUUCCCAAUUAUUCCAAGAUUCAAACGUAUGUAUUCGAAUCCUGGAGAGGCAAAGAAAUUGACAUGGCAUGAAUUUGGGCGAAAAAAAGAUGGAUUACUUAGACACCCAGCUGAUUCUCCACAAUGGAAGUCUAUUGAUGACAAAUGGGAUGAUUUUGGUUGUGAAGAACGAAACCUCCGCCUUGCAUUGUCUACUGAUGGAAUGAAUCCAUAUGGCUCUCUAAGUAGCACCCGUAGUACUUGGCCAGUUAUGUUGGCCAUUUACAACUUGCCUCCCUCCUUAUGCAUGAAAAGAAAAUACAUAAUAUUGUCAAUGAUAAUUCCUGGACCAAAACAGCCCGGAAAUGAUAUUUGUGUGUACUUGGCGCAUCUCAUUGACGAUUUGUUAUUGUUGUGGGAGACGGGAGUGGAAGUGUUUGAUGCUAACCGAAAAGAUUUUUUCAAUCUGAGAGCAUUAUUGUUCUGCACAAUCCAAGAUUUUCUAGCAUAUGGUAAUCUUUCAGGGUAUAGUGCCAAAGGAACCGCUCCUUGCCCUAUAUGAGAAGACCAUUGGAAGGGAGAGUAUAUGAAAGGAUCUAAAAAAACAGUCUACUAUGACCGUCGCCCAUUUCUUCCUUGUGAUCAUUACUAUCGAAAAAUGAAAAAGGCUUUUACUGGAAAACAGGUGUUUGCUAGCCAACCACAUGUCUCUUCUAGCCUUGAAGUGUAUUAAAAGGUUAAAGACAUUCGAAUUAAAUUUGGCAAGUUGAAGAAAAAUAAAGAUGUUAUUCCUAAACAGGGGUACAAGAAGUGUUCGGAAUUGUGACGCCUUCCUUAUUGGAGAUUUCUCUAUGUACGACAUUGUUUAGAUGUGAUGCACAUUGAGAAGAAUGUAUGUGAUAGUCUGAUUGGCACUUUAUUAGACAUUAAUGGUAAGACAAAAGAUAAUAAAGGUGCUCAGUUAGAUUUAGCAAAAAUGAAGAUUAGAAGUGAGCUUCAUGCUAUUAAGUCUGGAGACCGUUCAUAUUUACCUCCUGCUGCAUAUACACUAUCUAAGAAAGAAAAGACAGAGCUUUGUGCAUCCUUAGCUGGGGUUAAAGUGCCUGAGGGUUUUUCUUCUAACAUAUCAUCUCUUGUUUCAAUGCAAAAUUUGAAACUUGUGGGUCUUAAAUCUCAUGACUGUCAUGUUUUGAUGCAAUAUCUCCUACCUGUUGCUAUUCGUUCUAUUUUACCGAAAAAUGUGCGAUAUGCCAUUAUUAGGUUAUGUUCUUUCUUUAAUGCAAUAUAUAGUAAAGUCUUUAAUCCUAGUUAUUUGGAGUCUAUGGAAACAGAAAUUGUUGUCAUUUUAUGCCAACUUGAGAUGUAUUUUCCCCCGGCAUUUUUCGAUAUCAUGGUUCAUCUACCUAUUCACUUGGUUAGAGAGAUAAAAUAUUGUGGUCCCGUGCAUAUGAGAAGUUCAUGGCCUUUUGAAAGGCAAAUGAAAACAUAUAAGGGAUAUGUUAAGAAUCUUUCUCGAGCAGAAGCUUGUAUAGCAGAGAAAAUGGUAUAUGAAUUAGCUAUUGAAUUUAGCGUGGAACUUCUUGGAGAUAUGAAGACAAUAGGGCUUCCAACUUCUCGACACAGCGGGCGAUUAGAUGGUAAAGGGACUAUAGGUCGUAGAAACAGUGACUUGUCUCGAGAUAAAUGGCGUAUUGCACCUUACGUCGAGCGGCAUAUGAAUCUUUUAAAGAGAUUAAUUCAGAAGGCUAAUCCAAAAGCAAUAGCUGCUGAACAUAACAAUUCAUUUUCCAUCUGGUUCAAGAAUGAGGUAAUGAGAGAGCUUCAAGUUUCAUCAAGUCUGAUUUCAGAUCGUCUUAAAAGUUUAGCUUAUGGACCAGAUUUUCAAGCCACUUUUUAUUCGGGAUAUGUCAUCAAUUGUUGGAAUUUUUAUACAAAGGAUCAAGAUUAUAAGAGUACUAUGCAAAAUAGUGGGGUAUCUUUAGAAGCAGAAGCAAUGCAUUUUUUAAGUGCGAAAGACAAUCGUUCUGUUUUGUGUAAAAUGCAAUAUUAUGGGGUAAUUGAAGAAAUUUGUGAGUUACAUUACUCUGAUUUUUCUGUACCCGUGUUCUGUUGUAAAUGGGAUGAUAACAACAAUAAUGUUGUCCAUGAUGACAUGGGGCAUACUUCAAUGAAUCUUCACAAGAUUGGUCAUAAGGAAGAUCCUUAUAUUUUAGCUUGCCAAGCUAAACAAGUUUUCUAUAUGACUGAUCCACUUGAUAAGAGAAGGUCGAUUGUCAUAGCACCAAGACCUCGAUAUGCCAUUGAUGAACAUGAUGACAAUGUUGAUUUUGAGGAAAGGCCCGGGUUAAAUGAUGAUGUUGUGAAUGAUGUUGAUGCCGAUGAUUCAUUAACAUAUGUACGCAAUGAUCACGAAGAAGGGAUUUGGGUCAAUAACAAAGAUGGUAAUACUAAAAGACCUCAAAAGCGGCAUCGUAAAACAAAGUGUCCAUAGAAAGCUGGCAAGACUAUGGAUAUUGAACAAUUAGAAGAUCAUUUGUGAUAACCUUAACUCUAAACAGAGUUUCGGUUCUUAAUUUCUUAUAUUAGUGCAGUAGCUAGAUUAUUUGGUGUGUGUACUUAAUAGUUAUUUUAUAAUAAUCAAGUUUUCAUUCUUCCCAUAAAAAGUCUUCUAAGAAAUUAAUGUUUCUUGUAACCAAGUAAAGUUAAUAUCCUAAUGUUGACAAGUAGUGCUAUCAUGUGUACGUUUCUCUUUCUUUAAAUAUCUAUAUUAAUUGUGCUUAAGCCUCAUAAAAUUUUCUAUUUUCACUGGUUGAUGGCAAAAAAGAGAAAGCAAAUAAGUUCCUCUCAAGAGACCGCUGAGCGUGAGAAUCACAGGGGUCGUACAGUUUGUAUGAUAGUUGGAAAAACAAUACAAAAUGGCACCAAAAUCCCCUUACAAUGGAAUCAUAGGAAAUUUCCUUGUGGGGAUCAUAAAGCUACCUUUGCUACUUACAUUGGCGUAGUUGCUCGCCAACGAGAAGUAUCAAUUAUGGUCACUAGGGAAAACUUCCAAAAGAAGUCAUCGAUGAAGUUUAUAAUUUUAUUACGAAGGCUUUCAUAGUACCAGAAGAUCGUAGAGGAUAUGUGCUAAAGCAAGCUUCAAAGAGGUGGAGAGCAUUCAAGUUUAGAUUAAGGAAAGAGUUUAUGUAUGAAUCUGAUGAGGAGGGAAAUACCACAGAUGUGAUAAUAUGGACACCACCUUAAUUGUAUCCAUGGAUAACCAUAGAUGACUGGAAAAUGUUCGUUGAAACCUGUACUCAUCUUAACUUUAAGAAAUUAGGUGAUGUGAAUCGAGAUAGGGCUAAAAAAAGGAAGACUUCUUAUCGUGGAGGUCGAAAGGGAUACUCGUAUUAUGAGGAUGAGAUUGCAAAAUAACUACAAGAACAAGGAGUCCAAGUUGCUGAUGUCCCUCGCCAUCUGGUUUAGAUCAGAGCUCAUUCUAGAGAAGAAAAAGGAAUUCUGAAAUUUGACAGUCCUGCAAAUUUGGAAAUAGCUCAAGCGAUUAAAGCAUUGGAGGCUCAACAUAACCAAGGAAAAAUUGAUGUUACGGGUCGAAAUGAUAUAUUGGCAAGAUCGUUAAAGACACCUGAGCAUGGUGGUUGUGUUAGGGGUGUUGGAGGAGGUGUUACGAACAAGGAAUAAUCUGGAUACAACAAGCCAACACCCCCUAACCAGUUGCAGUCUGAGCUCAAAGAAGUCAAAGCAAAACUGGCCAAUGUGACCAACACUCAGACUUUACUAAUGUCCUUUAUUAUGUCUAAUUUUCAUAUGACUCCUGAGCAAUUGCAUCAACUUCAGCUUGGUAGUUCAAGUGCCCAUAUAGUAGGGGGGUUUGAUGGCAACCAAGAAUUUUAUCGUGGUUUAUUUGGUGAAUUACUUAACAGUCAUGGUUUUAAGGCAACACAUUUGGAUGUGUCAGGUGAUGAGGGUGCCCAAUAUGCAAGUAUGGCCACUCAAGGAGUUCAAGGUUUUAAUUUCCAACUUGCCUCAAAUCCUCAUCAUCCUCAUCAUCAUGAGGUAUCAACUGAGUUAUACCACGUAGCAUGGCCAAAUCCCAAGCGUGAUAUUGAGAAAGAGUCCGUGUCUGAAAAAUCAUUCAAUCCAAACCUUGAAUCUCAACCUGAACAGUAUACUAAAAAUCAAGCUUUCCUCGAGGGUAACAAUGAUUGUUCACUGGCAAUAGAGCAAGCCAAUGGGAUACAAAUAGUUGCCAUUGGACAAGUUUAUAAAGGAAUCUGAAGUUAUCAAGCAUCACUUCAAACCCGUACCGAGUGGUCGCUGCCGAGUUUGUAUUAAGAAAGAAAUUUAUGCAACUGCACCUUUUCCGUUUCCUGAGGGAAAAAUCAGAUCAGUUAGUGAAGGAAAUAAUCAUUUUUUGUUAUGGCCAACUCACUUAGUUUUUCCCAUAAAGAAGGUUGAUAAGCAAUCUGUAAAAGAGCUCAAUACACUUUCUACUCAAAUGCCUUCAUCAAAUUCAUCAUUCACCAAGCGUGUACUUGCUCCUAUCGCUCCCGAGGAAAAGCUGAAGUUGACUACUACUUUGAUGCGAGUUUGUAGGAAGCUAGCCGUUGAAAUGAAAAAUGGUGGAAAAACCAUACCUAUUAGAAUACCGAAUAAUGUAAUUUAUAAUGAGCAGGAUGUUUGCAUUGAUUAUGAAGAUAUGCGAGAUUGGUGCUAUCAAAGAAUGAUUGGAGCAAGUCACAUCUCAACUUUUAUGAUGCAUCUAAGUGAGAUGGUCCAUGCACAAGGUAUCUCAGGAUUUUAUGGAUUUUGUGAUUCUAAUUUCAUAUCACCGCAAACUCCAACACAAGAAAACGAAGAUGAUCGAUGUGACUAUUUGGUUAGGGUAUUUGCAUGCAAUAAUGCCCAAAAUCGAAAUCAAAUAUUCUUUGCUCCAUAUACUGACUAUUUGCAUUGGAUGUUAGCACUGAUAUGUCCAUGGGUUGGAUUGGUGCAUUGGCUAGAUCCAGCUGGUGCAGAAUUUUAGCCUCGCCAAUUUGCUCGAGAUAUUAUCAAUAAGGCAAUUUUGAGAUUCAACUUAGAGUUCUGAUCAGAAAUAAAGUGGAAUAAGAAUUCGCUUGUUAAAUGGAAAAAUAUAGAGUGCCCUCGUCAAGGCUUAGACGUCAAUUGUGGAUUUUAUGUUGGCCGUUAUAUGCUAGAGACAAUACAAUCCAGAAAGUCAUAUGUGCCAGACAAGUAUUUUGAUAAAGCUCCUGCCACAUAUUCUCAAAAAAUGAUUGACGAUGUUCAGGACAUGUGGAUUACAUUUGUUACAAAACAUCAACCAAUCGAAGAUGAUGAUGAUGAUCAAUGUGUGUUGUAGAUAUAUGGUUGGACGACUGGUACAUUAGUUAUAUAUGUAAUUUGGAUAUAAAAUAAAAAAUUAUAGCAGGUUUUUUUUUUCCUAGGUAAGAAAUUUUCUUGUAUACUAGAAUGAAAUAUUUGCCUAUGUAUUUAUUUUGGAUCAGUAUAGCAGUUUUGGGAAAAGUUGUGCCUCAUUUGGUGAAAAUCUUAUUACGUAAGCCGAUGAACAGGUUAUUGUAA